AUGGACGAAAACAUUUUGUAUGACCAUACGAAUAUUAACUAUUUACAAGAAAUGGGCUUUGGCGAUCUUCUAAUUGGUGGUGCUGUCGGUUUAGGAGCGUAUGAAUUAUUGAAACACCAUCAUCAACAUCGUUAUGGUUACGGAGGAAAUUAUGGAUACGGGUAUCCUUAUGAAUAUCAAUAUCCACAAUACUAUGGUUACGGAUAUCCAUCUUACGGCGGUUACUACUAUUGA